CUAGCGGAGGCGCCCGAGAGGAUCACCCCCUUUGCCCCCCUCCCACCCACCCUCCCCCCAAAAGAGAAGAUACCCUCCCCUGGCCCACCCCUUCCCCUCUUCCCUCCUCCCCCCGAACUUUCCCUCUCGCAUGCUUUUUCCCUGCACCACGGAUCGACUCUCGGAUGCCGCUUGCCUGGAAGCUGCGUUAGGAGCGAGCGGCGGCGGUGGCCGCGGUGGCGGUGGCGGCGACAGCUCGGGAGUGCUAUGACCGGCAAACUCGCCGAGAAGCUGCCGGUGACCAUGAGCAGUUUGCUAAACCAACUGCCUGACAAUCUGUACCCCGAGGAGAUCCCCAGCGCGCUCAACCUCUUCUCCGGCAGCGGCGACUCGGUAGCCCAUUACAAUCAGAUGGCUACAGAGAAUGUGAUGGACAUCGGUCUGACCAACGAGAAGCCCAACCCGGAACUCUCUUAUUCGGGCUCCUUCCAGCCAGCCCCCGGCAACAAGACCGUGACCUACUUGGGAAAGUUCGCUUUCGACUCCCCUUCCAACUGGUGCCAGGACAACAUCAUUAGCCUCAUGAGCGCAGGCAUCUUGGGGGUGCCCCCGGCCUCAGGGGCGCUCACCACGCAGACAUCCACAGCCAGCAGCAUGGUGCAGCCGCCGCAGGGAGACGUGGAGGCCAUGUAUCCGGCGCUGCCUCCCUAUUCCAAUUGCGGUGAUCUCUACUCGGAGCCCGUGUCUUUCCACGACCCCCAGGGCAACCCAGGGCUCGCCUAUUCCCCCCAGGAUUACCAAUCGGCCAAGCCGGCUUUGGACAGCAAUCUCUUCCCCAUGAUUCCUGACUACAACCUGUACCACCACCCCAACGACAUGGGCUCCAUUCCGGAGCACAAGCCCUUCCAGGGAAUGGACCCCAUCCGGGUCAACCCGCCCCCUAUUACCCCUCUGGAGACCAUCAAGGCAUUCAAAGACAAGCAGAUUCACCCGGGUUUUGGCAGCCUGCCCCAGCCACCGCUCACGCUCAAGCCUAUCCGGCCCCGCAAGUACCCCAACCGGCCUAGCAAGACCCCGCUCCACGAGCGGCCCCACGCGUGCCCAGCGGAGGGCUGUGACCGUCGCUUCAGCCGCUCGGACGAGCUGACCCGGCACCUGCGCAUCCACACGGGCCACAAGCCCUUCCAGUGCCGGAUCUGCAUGCGGAGCUUCAGCCGUAGCGACCACCUCACCACCCACAUCCGCACGCACACGGGCGAGAAGCCCUUUGCCUGCGAGUUCUGCGGGCGCAAGUUUGCGCGCAGCGACGAGCGCAAGCGCCACGCCAAGAUCCACCUCAAGCAAAAGGAGAAGAAGGCAGAGAAAGGGGGUGCGCCCUCUGCAUCCUCGGCGCCCUCCGUGUCUUUGGCCCCCGUGGUCACCACCUGCGCCUGAGGCUCGGGCUGCCAGGCCCCCUCUUUUUCCCUCCAGUGCCUCCCAGCUGCUCGCUUGAAAGCAGCGGGAAAGCCAGCCACGGAGGCUCAGGGGCCGCGCCCUGGCCUCUCCAUGGACGUGCGGCCCCUUCACCCUUCGAUGCCCCCGCUCCCACCCUUUCACACCCGCCUGCGGUUGGGGGCCAAGGCUGGAGGCGCCUUCCCCUCGCCGUCCCCCCCUUAACCGAGGCGUGGGGGCGGAAAGGUGGCGUCUAGCCCGCUUUGUUCAGUUCGGAUCGCCUUGAUCCAGGGGCCGCUGGGCCGCUCUAAGGACCUGCGGGGGACUGAAAGGGGCCCACCCCAACCCUCGCCGGACCCAAGCACCUCACUGGUUCCCCCAUGUCCCCCUCUGUCCCCCAUCGGAGACCCGAGAGGGGGCGGGGGUAUGGAGCGCACCAAAGCGCAGAGCUUGCUGCCCGCCGCACGCACGCGCGCCUGCGUGCGGGGAUGCGCGCGAGUGUGUGCGUGCUCGCGUGUGUGUUUGUGUGUGUAUAUGUGUGUGCGCGCGCACGCGUGUGUGUGUGAGAGACUCUUGAACUGAACUGGGCUGUGUCUACCCUAAACUCUUCCCCACAUCGGGUCCCCAAGGUGCCGGGGAUGUCCCGGGCUGGGAGCCUGCACGUGGCAGGAGGAGAUGGUCUUCCAUCUGCUCCGAAAUAAUGUUUCUUACAGAAAUGCCUCGGAUACCGCUGCCGCGGUGCUGCUGCCGCCGCUUUGGGUUUGACCCCUCGAAACCCCUCCCUUUCUGAGUGCUUGCCUCUUAGGCCUCAGGGCACUUUGAUCUGCGGGGAGAAAGCGUCCGCCACUGAGCCUGCCUUUUAAAAAUGUAUUUCCUCGGCCCCACUUCUGAAUCCGGGUUCCCGAGUUUGGCCUCUGCCCUUACCCACGCUCCUCCUCUCUUCUCUCUUAGCCUUGUCCAAGUGCGUCUCAAAAUCUUUUCCCAGAAAGGCAGGCCUCAACCAGCCACCAGCUUUUCAUUUGCUCUCACCUACAUACCCAUUCCUCCUUCCCACCUUUCAUGAGAGAGCUGGCUCUGGUUGUUUUUGCCCAACUGAUUGAAUUUAAAUAUAAGUAUGUGAUGUGUGUAUGAAUGUGUAUGUGUGUACAAAAACGCACAGACAUACAUAUAUAUAAUAUACACACAAUAUGUAUUCCUAGCAAAAACAAAUCUCUAAGGUACUUGGUUAUCCAGUGCAGCACACUGGAAUAAAGAGAAUCUGUAGGCAUCUACAGCUUUAAAUGAUUUAUUUUUAUGAAA